UCAUUUCUCUGCAGACUCUCUGACUUUGGCCAGGGCUCCCCAGUGAGCGCUGCUGUGGCUCAUAGCCCUGUCUGCUGCCCACACAAGUGCCUCACACACCCGCUACCCAGCCAUGUCUUACACCCGUGUGGCGCUGGUGACUGGGGCUAACAAGGGCAUCGGCUUCACUAUCCUGAGUGAUCUGUGCCAGCAGUUCUCCGGGGAUGUGGUGCUCACGGCAAGGGACACCACGCGGGGCCAGGCUGCCGUGCAGCAGCUGCAGGCCCAGGGCCUGAGCCCACGCUUCCACCAGCUGGACAUUGACGACCCCCAGAGCAUCCGGACACUGCGCGACUUCCUGCUCAAGAAGUACGGCGGCCUUGACCUGCUGGUCAACAACGCAGGCAUUGCCUAUCCUAUUCCAGAUUCCACACCGAUUCAUAUUCAAGCUGAAGUGACAAUGAAAACAAACUUUUUUGGUACCCGAGAUCUCUGCACGGAGCUACUGCCUCUCAUAACGCCCCAUGGCAGAGUGGUGAAUGUGUCUAGCAUAAUGGGCCUCCUGGCUCUUCAAAACUGCAGCCCAGAACUCCAGCGGAAGUUUACAAGUGAGACUAUGACGGAGGAGGAGCUGGUGGGGCUCAUGAAGAAGUUCGUGGAAGAUACGAAGAAUGGAGUGCACAUAAAGGAAGGCUGGCCUGAUGUCAUGGCCAUGGCAUAUGCAGUGUCAAAGAUGGGCAUCACCAUCCUGUCCAGAAUCUACGCCAGGAGACUGAGUGAGCAAAGGAGAGGGGACAAGAUCCUCCUGAAUGCCUGCUGCCCAGGAUGGGUGAAAACCGACAUGGGGGGACCUGAAGCCAUAAAAACCCCAGAAGAAGGAGCAGAGACCCCCGUGUACUUGGCCCUUUUGCCCUCAGAUGCUAAGGGGCCUCAUGGGGAAUUUGUUAUGGAGAAGAAAGUUGAAAAAUGGGGACCCCUCUAUGAAUUCCCUCCAUGGUUCUCACGUAUUUUGAGCCUUGGAUAGGAUCAAAGGGCCAAUCACACUGUUAAAAUAUCCAUUUCAAAAAAAAAAAGGAUGACAAUAUCUCUAAGGAGUACUCACUAUCACUUGGCUCAUAAUUCUGUGCAUAUAAGCUAUUAUCCCCGUGAAGGAAAAAAAAAGUAUGAAAAUGUCUGUAGGGAGUACUCACUUUCACUUGGCUCAUAAUGGUGUGCGCAUAAGGCUUUUGUGAUUUCUUCUGUGAUAUAGGGGGAGGAAAACUGUAAUGGAUGAGAAUAAUGAAUGAAAAUCAAUAGAAAAGUAAA